UGGUUGUUCAGACAGAAGCCUGAUCUCUCAACUCAUCCAAUCCAAGCAGGACACUGAAGACUUCUGCAGCAAGAGCACACUCAUUCGAAAAGCAAGAAGUUACAUUUAGAAUAAGAGGAAAAAUGAAGACAACAUUGGCAACUCUGACUCUCAGCCUGGUACUGCUCAUGGCCACAGGUUUCCCUUUGCAGAAGAAAGUUGGAUCACCCACUAGUGGUGCCGCCAAGGAGAAACGAGUACAGUACGCAGCGUGGGAUGAUGUCAAUGUCAUUGCCCAUGGCCUGCUGCAGCUGGGCCAGGGGCUGAAGGAGCAUGUCGACAAAACCAAGGUCCAGAUGAGGGACAUCUCCACCAAGCUGAAGGUAUUCAAUCGCACAGUGACUGAGCUGGGAAAGGAGGGACAGAGACUGCGAGUAGAAGGGGAUGCACUGAAGGUCCAGGUCCAGGGACUGGAGGACAGAGAGGGGCAGCUGCUGAAUGUCACGGCCGAGCUGAGGGAGAAAGCAGAGGAGAUGCAGCAGGAGAGGAAGAUAAUGAAUGAGAGGAUGAGCCGGCUGGAGGAGAAGGUUGACAGCAUGCUGCAGGGAGAGACGGUGCAGUCUGACUCCAACACUGGUGCCAAGAACAAGAGUGAUGCCCGCAACAUCCAGCUGAUGCUGGAGGCUCAGAACAGACGCAUCGAUGAUCUGAUGGAGAGGAUCCGACUCCAGCAGGAGAAGCUUGAUAAGCAGAAUGUGCGCAUUAGGACCCUGCAGAGUCAGAUCCAGCUGUCACGACAGAGACCGUCACUGCGCAGCAGCAGCACAGGCGACUCCGAGCAGAGUGGCAUCGUGGAACAGGGCGACUCACCAGUUGAGGUGGCAUCAGACUGUCAUGAGCUGUUCCUCAGAGGAGAGACCAGGAGCGGGGUCUACACCAUCCAGCCAAUCAAUGCAGAACCCUUUAAAGUUUUCUGCGAGAUGACAGCUGAAGGUGGAUGGACAGUCAUCCAAAGGCGCCAAGAUGGCUCAGUGGAUUUUGACCAGCAAUGGCAGGCCUAUGAGAAAGGCUUUGGCAGUCUAAAUGGAGAGUUCUGGUUGGGACUUGAAAAGAUCCACUCCAUUGCCAAAGAUGGCGGCUACAUCCUCAACAUCAAGCUGUCCGACUGGGUGGAUGACUUAGCAUCAGUCCAUCUCCCUUUCCAUUUGGGUGGAGAAGAAACCAAGUACUCGCUCCAGAUUCCGAAAGUUGGCACCUUCGGAAUGUUGCAGAGUUCUCUUGGGACUGACGCCGCCUCCGGCCUGCCAUUCUCCACAAGUGACCAAGACAAUGACCAGAAAACUUACACCAACUGUGCCAAGCACCUUUCUGGUGGUUGGUGGUUCAGUAACUGCGGUCGCUCCAACCUAAAUGGCAGAUACUUCCAGAGUCCUCCUCCCAAGCAGCGGCAUCAGAGGAAGCAGGGGAUCUUCUGGAAGACCUGGAGAGGCCGCUACUAUCCUCUCAAGUCCAGCAUGAUGAUGAUCGCCCCGGCUGUGAUCGUGAACAAGUCAUAAAGAAUAGAAAAAAAGACAGAGAAAUUGUUGAAACAAAGAAAGGUGGUGGGGGGGGAGGAAGGAAUUAGCAUUUGGUCUAUUUUUUUUCUUUUCUUGGUGCUGAAUUAAUUAAAUAGAGGUUGUCUCUCCCUGUGAGAAAAACACCAGAUCCAAGGCCCUCAAAGAGAACUCACACUAAAUGAGGUUCAUUCUUUGAGAGACAAAUAAUUUCCUUCCCUGCACCAAAAGCCACAAAUGGAAAAAAACAAAAACAUGCAGUGGGAUUAAUUCUUUUCUUUGUCACAUUUUGUACUGAUGUUGUCGAUACCAUUUGUUGGCAUGCAGCAGGAGCCCCAGGUCAGGCCAAGUCCAGGCCUGUCUACUGUGCUGUGAGCCACAAAACAUUUCUAUCAAGUCAAGACUCGUCUGCAGAAUUGCAGCACGUGGACUGCUGUUGAGACUGUGGUUUUGUAGGGCGUAAAAAAAAAAAAAAAAACCCUGUCAGCUCAAACAACUUAUUUUGUGGAGUGAAACGCAGGCUGAUUAAAUUAGCCCUUUGAAACCAAUGGUGUGGACCAAACGGUGACUUAACUAAAACAAAAAGUCAUUUACCACAUGAUUAUGAUAUUAGUCUUUGAAAGCAUCAUGUUUAGGUCUUAAAGCUAAGCACUUUAAGCUAAGAUUAUGCUGCAGAAACUGUUACGACUGAUGUUAAAAGCGGUUUGUGGUGGGGCACUGAAAACCAUUCCAGCCUUUUGUACAACAUACAGUACAUUAUUCUGCCUGCAAAUUUGAAUCAAAUUAAGCAUAUUCUUCACCGUCUAAAAAUAUUCUGUGGAGAUUAAGAAGAUGUAAAGUCAUAUUGACUACUUGUAAAAUGAGAGACAGUUUUGUAUAUAAGGUAUGAAGAAACGUCGUUUGUCUUAUCAGAAAAGCAACUGUUACUGAUCUGUGGUGACAUUAAAUGUUUUGUCACUAGAGAGUUUUGUUACUGUAGAGGUCCCCUUUUCUUAUUUAAAUGAUGUAAAGAGACAAGAUAUAUAUUUCUGGUGCUGUCUGUUAGUAAUUUAUAUUGUCUGUGAUGUGUUUAACAGAUUUUAAAUUGUUUUUUUAAGAGAAAAUGCCAAUCUAAAGGCCAAAAUGAGCCAAUAAAACUGAUUUAAAUGAU